AUGUCCCGCCCCGCAGUGUACCAAACCUUCCGUCAGAAAUAUAAUGAUAUCACGCGUUACUACCGUACCUAUGGGUGCGACAUCAGGGACCGCAACAUGUGCAAGCGCAUCGAAGAUUCAAUUCCAAUACUCGAGACGCUUAUCGAGCUCAUCGAGACGUUGACCCCCCUAGCAUUGGAUUUGGAUGCGAGUAAGAGGAAGAGACUGCGCCACAAGUUGAAGGAUCUUGAGUGGAUAAGGCAGGAGAUGAAAAGGCAUCACGAUGAUGUAAAUGGUGGCGACAUUGUCAUGAUGAUAUUGGAUCUGGCGAUGCAGUUGAAGACGAAAGCGUUUGAGCUCAAUGGAGGUCAGGUUAUUUCGCCGACUCGGUAUUGA